AUGGAUCUUUUGAUGCCAAUAUUAAAUGGUUUGGUAAGCAACAUAAAUCAUUAGAGAUAUUGUAUAUUAUUCAAUUUAUUUUAGGUAUAAAAAAUGAACUAGAUGAACUGAAAAUCAUAGCAAUUUUGGAUAUGAAGAUGAAAAUGAGCAAGAAAGUUGUGGAACCAUUGGAUUUGAUGCCUUCAUUACUAAACCUGUGA